AAAUGAACACUUCCCUAAACAGAAUCUCGGGAAGCGCUUUCUGCACACUUGUGCAGUCAGUGUAAUGUCGAAAGGAUAAUAGUACCUGCUCGACUAAAUUAAUUUAUUAGUGUAAAGAAAAUUAUUUAUCACAGCCUAUACUUGAUUUCAAGAUGAUGAUUGGACAGAAGAACAGAACGCUAUGUCGAGAAUUCACUGGACCAACACCACAUUCUGUUGCGGUGAGGGCAAGGCUACCCGCCUUAAGACCCCCGGACCACGUCAUCGUGGAGAGGAGGAAACAAGAAGCAGCCCGGGACAAGAUACUGGAGUUCACACGUGAUCAGACCACCUGUGAUGUGAGAAUGCGCUGGGAGAAGAGCUCUGACCAGCACAUGGUCAUGGGAGCUAUCGAGAGACGCGUCAGGGUUGCCAUGGAUAAAUAUGAACUAAGCAUAGAGGAGCGGAGAGACAGGCUGCAUGCUUUGCUGGAGCAGGAGGAGGGAGCUCUGCUGCAAGAGAUGGAGGAGAGGGCGGAGACCAUCCUGGAGAGGCAGGCCAAGAUGAGGGAGAAGGCCAAGUCCCUGCGCGAGAAGAGGGAGAGCGAUCGCCAGCAAGUGGUGGCCAAGAAGCUGGAGCAACUCUUCAGGGAGCGCAGCGAGGAGAUGCGGGCCGUGGAGGCGCGGCGGCGCCAGGACCAGGUGUGCUCGGAGCGCGACGCCCAGCUCCGUCAGCUGGAGGAGACGCGGCGGCAGCGAGCCGAGGAGGAGCGCCUCUUCGCCCAGCUGUGGGACAGCGACCGUCAGGCCAAGCAGCAGCGCGAGGCCCAGGAGGCGCAGAGGCACAAGCAGAGCAACGACGAGCAGGGGGCCUACCUGCGCAUGCAGAUGGACGCCGUGGAGCAGCAGAGGGCCGAGGCCAAGCGCCUCAAGGAGGAGGAGGCCAUGAUCAUGCGUGAGCAGAGGGAGAUGCUCCGUCUGGAGGAGGAGCGGGAGCGCCGGCAGAAGCUGCAGAGCCAGGCGGGCCGGCGGCGCACGCUGGAGCAGUCGCUGCGGAUAAAGAUGAGGCAGCUGGCCCGCGAGCAGCAGGACGAGCUGGCCCUGGACAUGAGCAUCCUGCAGCAGCUGCUGGACGAGGAGCGUGACGAGAAGCAGGGCGAAGCCAUCAGGAAGAUGGAGCUGUGCGAGGAGCAGAGCCGCUACCAGCGCUACCUGGCGGAGCAGCUGGAGGAGCAGCGUCGGCUGGAGGCGGAGACGGAGCAGUUGAUCGAGGCAGAGCUGCAGCAGACCUGGGCACGCCGCGACGAGAAGAACCGCCGCGAGAGGGAGGCCCGCGACCGCCUCAUGAAGGACGUGCUGGACACGCGACGCCUGCAGAUCCAGGACAAACUGAAGAGGAACAUGGUGAGGCAGGCGGAGCUGGCGAAGGAGAGAGAGGAGCUGGACGAGGCCAUCCAGCGGAACAAGAACCUGGACGAGGAGGAGAAGCGGCGGCUGAAGGAAGCCACCCAGGAGUACCAGGCGGACCUGCUGGCCCAGAUGCAGCACCAGCAGAGGCUGCGCGAGGCGGAGCGGGCCGAGGCCCACAGGGAGCACCAGCGCGGCCUGCUGGUCCAGGAGGAGUACGAGCACAAGCUGCAGCAGCUGCUCUCCAGGCCCCUGUCCAGCGCCACCGCCCCGCAUCCCUUCAGGAGGAGGGGAGAGCCCCAGCAGCCGCCCCAAAGCCCUACCACUACAGUAGACCGCACCCUGGAGGACCUCACCCUGGCUUCCUAAAAAUUCACUUAAAAAAAAAAAAGACUCACCUGUCUUAUCGUCACCACAAAGUGCACAAUGAUUUGUAGGACACUUUACGUUUACGACUUUGUAAAAAUUGCCUUAAAAACAAAAUAAAAAAACAAAACAAAACUGUCUUUUCGUCACCACAAGUGCACAAUGAUUUGUGGGAUACCUUACGUUUAUCAUCAAAGGACAUCAUAUAACUAAUACAAGAAAUAAGAAGAAAUAAAUCUAGCAUGACUAAUCCCUGACUUCUAUGCUGUCGUCUAUAAUCAUGGUGCAGUGAUGUUUUUUUACAUUUUAACAUUUAUCAUCAAAUGAUAACAUAACUAAUAUGAAAAAGAACGAAUAAACGUAGCAUGAUUUGUCACUCAUUGUAA